AGUGUGCUAGAAAGCAUAACUGAAUAUUUUCCAAACGUGAUUCUACAGUCAUCUUAGUAAUUUAUAUUUUCUCAGUUCCCGAUUUGAUCACCACAUUCGAGCAGUGAUUGAGAACAAAUUUUAAAUUCAAAACAGGGGACUCUAAAUUUUAUUUAGAAUAAUUGAAUAUGAUUUUGAAUUGAGUUUUAUUGCCAGUUGGAUUUUGAAAAGACCAGUGACUUCUGGAGUAGUCCGCAUUUUCUGAAUUCAAUCGAAGAGUCUAUUCCAAUAAUGAAACAUCAUCUAUUCCGGGAUCUUCGCCGCUUGUAUAGUGCAGAGUGUAAGAGUGUCUUGAAAUAUCUUCAGAGCUCUCGACUGGUCAAAAUAGUACUGUUCCUAUUGAUUACAUGUGCUAUUCUCCAUUAUUCUCAUUUUACAAUUUUCGAUUUGCAUCGGAUAUUCACAAAGAAUUCAUCAUUGUCGAAUCAAGCGAGAUUCUACCACUUUGAAAACCGAGAUAUAUCAUUUGAAAAUAAGGAAAUUACUGAUGACUCUGGAGCGGAAGCAAUCUACAAUGAUUAUUUUAUCACAGAGAAUCAAAUUAAUUCCAGCUCAAACCAUAAGGAACCGUGUCCGAUUGUUUCACCUUAUCUGAGAGGUGCAUUGAAACCAAUCCAGAAUGUCUCAAACAAUAUUUCUGAUGUGGAAGAUGAACUGGGAAUGAUUGGCUCAUUGCCAGCCUUUGGAGGGUUUUGGCAGCCCCGCAGUUGCAGAGCGAGGACCCGAGUAGCUCUGAUAGUUCCCUACCGCAACCGGCUAACACACCUCACUAUAUUUCUAAGGAACAUGCAUCCAUUUCUGCAAAGUCAGCAGAUCGGUUAUGGCAUAUUUGUCGUUGAACAAACAGCGGAUAGUCAACCAUUCAAUAAAGCUAUGAUAAUGAACGCGGCCUUUGUUGAAGUGAAUAAAACUGGGCAAUUCAGUUGCUACAUUUUUCACGACAUCGACCUCCUCCCAGAAGAUGAUAGGAAUGUUUAUAAAUGUGCUGAGCAGCCACGCCAUUUGUCAGUUGCCAUUGACAAAUUUGAAUAUAGCUUGCCCUAUGAAUCGCUGAUUGGUGGAGUGAGCGCUUUUACCAAAAGUCAGUUUGAGAAAAUAAACGGCUUCAGUAACCUUUAUUGGGGAUGGGGAGGAGAGGAUGAUGACACAGCGAAUAGAAUCAGUGCUGCCAACAUGACAAUAUCGAGAUAUUUUCCUGAAUUCGCUAGAUAUACUAUGAUCAACCAUAAACACCAAAAAACCAAUCCCAAAAGGUAUAAAUUAUUGUACACAUCAAAGGAAAGAUACAGAAGUGAAGGUUUGAACAGUUUAACAUACAGGCGUAUUGUUCACCAGCAGAAUCAACUCUUCACAUGGUUGUUGUUUGAGUUGCCAAGAUGAUCGUACGUUUUAGUUUACAUUUUUUGGCAUAAAAUAAUGUAAUAAAAAUUAUAUGUCAGGACCACAUAAUACAGUAAUAGAUGCCUUCCGGCAGAGUGGACCUCCCUCAGCUCAUGGUUGGGUUGGCAACCUCGCCCAAGCCAUCUCAAGACUAUAUAGUAAGCGUUACGUAAAUCGUCCAUAUCUCUAGUUCUAAUAAAUAUAUUGAAACGGAAUUGAUUUGGAUGGCUUCUCUACAAUAAAUUAAUGUCUUAUACAUUUUCAUCGUAACUGAAACUGUUUGAAAGUUAUUGGUUUACAAGCUAAAAUAGUUGUAUAUUCAUCGUUUGCAUAAUUUAUUUUUUCAUCAUUAGUAGAUAGUUGAUUCAGGUAAUUAAUGUUACCGGUAUAUUAAUUGUUCAUUCUUGUAUAAUAAUAAUCAAAUAAUGUAGGUAUUUUGUUCAAGAAAAUUAAUUAUUCAAUUAUGAAAUUAAAUAAUUUAUAUUAAAUAUUUUGGUAAUUAUCUUAAUUUGUUUUGCAUGGUCCAUAAACAAUCUAGCAACGUUGUGAAGCUAAAAAAGGAUAGCGUUGUCUGCUUUGUCUAAUGACAGACAAGGAUAGUAACACCAAUCACCAAUGUUAAUCAAAUAGCCUACUGCCAUUCUAACGUGAACCUCACUAUAGAGAUUGUUAAUUGUUUAAAAACCAAAACUAGUAUUUCAAAUUGUUUUAAUAAACCAGUGGUUUUGACAUCAAGUAGUUUUUAUUUAAUAUUAAUAUCUUCUCCUCACUUUCACAACAAACCAAAAAGAGGGAUUUUUUCAUCCCAUGUGUCUGCAUGCGUCGUCUUUUGCUGUAUACGCUGGCCUUGAAAUUUUCAAUAUUGCUAAAAGCUUUCUUAAGCCUGGUUUUCACUAGUAUAGAUAGUGGUCGAGUAACUGGCAUACUAACU